CUAAGCGGUUUGGUCAUAUGUUUCGGGGGCUUUUCUUCCGUCUUGCCCUGCCUCGAUUGGGAGGCAAUAAGCACAGGACAGAACUGGAAUUCAUUUUUCAGAAACAAACCACGUUGGAUUGCAAUUAGUAGUUUAAAGAAGAAGCAAACCCCAUUUCUCCCAAAUUAUAUUGGUUCUUGGAGGGGCUUAUGGAGCAAGAUCCGGUGAUUUACAACAUCUUGUGUUCGAAUCUCACGGAGACCUGAUUUCACUCUCAGAUCUGCCAAUGGACAAAUAUAUGCAUCGGCCCCCGCCUCAGCCGCAACAGCAGCAAAAAGAAGUUUCAGAUUGUAGAAGACGAAAACCCUUUGUGGAAGACGACUGGCGAAAAAGCACACCGUUCAAGAAGAUGAAGCUCCAUAAGGACACACAGCAUCUUAUCAAUAUUGAUAGUUCAAAGUCCACCUUUUCCCAGGGGAAGAUCCACAGAUCUGCCAGGACAAGCCGAUCGCCAUCGCCGGGGUUCGAUCCCCUCACAAUCGCCUCCAACGCUCACAAAAUCCCCCCUUCUAGUGCGCCGCCCUCGCGGGCCAAGGUGGUUAACUGGCGGCUGGCCUGUUUUAUGGCGAGGGAAUACCUUUCAAGAGGGACACUGCUCGGGAAACCAUGGCCGCCUCAGGACUCGAUCGGGACACCUCGGGAAAAUGCUUCAGCACAACCGAGGAAGAAUAUCCGAGGAGAUGAAGCUGCCAGUGAAAGGGAAUCGCUCUACGUUACUCUCACCACCAAUUUCCUCCGCUCAGAUGACAUCCACUUGCCCGGCAUUUUCAAUCCUUCACAGAUGGCGGCUUGGAUCGGAUAGAUUUGAUACCAGUCUGCUCAAAAGUCCACAGGCUGAGAAUAAUAUACCUCAUUUAAGUGUGAAAGAGGUUUUUCUUUCUUAUACGUUACGGAAGGGAAUUUGUAACAGUUUUAUUUACGGCAGGUUACAGGUUCGAAUCCGGAAAGCGGCUCUUAUAAAGUUUCUCCUUGCUACGAAACCCUCCCCUACGAAACAUUCAGCGUGGUUCGCUGUUUUACGGGUUGGGUUAAUUUUCAGCUUAGAGUUUUGUCCGUCAUUUGACGGAGUUGGGUUAAUGAAGUUGUUUUCUUUCCAUCAGUCCCGUUAUCAUGUGCACGAAUUGUUUUCCCCAAAACUGAUGUACACACCUUACAUGUUUUCAACCUACUUUUUAUGUUUUUAUAAUCUCUAAUAAUUAUUUUUAUUACUCAAGAAUAUUAUUCUAAUGUAAUUUA